CUGGUGUACACUAAUUCUCUCUCCUCUCUAACUCAACCUCACAAAACUCGUGUGAAACUCUCCUUCACGUUUUCUUUCUUCUCUUCGGUUCCUGCUUCUUGCUCCCUCACGCACACCACCACCACCCAGCCGUACCAGCCACCCCAUCCCUGCUGCUGCGCCACCCCUUCUGCGCUGCCGCGUCCUACGCCCGCACCAGCCGGCGACCUUCCUCCUCUCCCUCUCGUUCGUGCCUUCUUUUCUCCCAUUUGCUUCGUGCUUCCCUUCUUGCUUCGCAAGCAACCACCGCCGCACCACCCAUCCGCGUCUCCAGCCACCGCGCCGCCCACUCACUGCCGCGCCUGCACCACCGCCGGCCAGCACUCUUCUCUUCUCUUUUGGUCUUCAAAGAAACCUGCAUUUUAGCAUCGUCUUUCUAGAGAACGGCAAACUCAUUGGCGAUCGGCGUCGACUUCUCCGGUGAGAAGCCUUUUGAGGGACAUUGGGACUGCAGUUAAUCACACUAGUUCUCGCUUGUACAUUUUUACAAACUAGCAAAAUCUUGUGAAACUCUUGUGUAUGGCAAGUUACUAUGACAUUGAUGAUAUCCUUGCAGAAGAGGAGUUCAUUCCAGUCGUGUUCCAGAAGGCAGCAACUGGAGUAGGACUCCUUGACCCGAGUUCUGAAACUAACAAUAUUGAACAAGGUGCAAAAGUGGAGUUGCCUUUCUGGCUUGCUCAUGAGUUACAUACAAGACAAGCCGUGGUUAUGAGCAUCCCAUCCUGCUUUAAUCAAAUGACAAAGAAGGAAAUCCAGGCAGAUCCUGGAUCUGUUGAUCUUCGAAAUCGAUGUCAAUAUUUUUAUGAAUUAGGAUGCAAGCUAGCACCUAUGGUAAGUGAUAGAACGAUUGGGUCAUUCCUCUUGUACGCAUUUAAGAACAGGUAUAAGGAAGUGUUGAGCAAGGCCCAUACUUCAACUUUCAUUGCUUCAACAAAGCCCCUGACUCUGCUAACUAAAGAAGAAACUCACUUGUGUGAUGCAGCUCAGUCUUCAAUGGCAGCCUUCAAGAAGUGGAGAAUAGGAGGAUCUCGAUUCGAAAGACCUGCUGUUCUAGGGAAGAAAAGAAAACCUUCUGAUGAAUAACUUAUUGUUUGUACGCAUUGGUGCGAAGAUGCAUAAAAUGUUAGAGAGAGUACAUUCCAUGUUCUAACUUGACUCCAAUGCAGAAAAUAGUAACUUCUUAGAAAAGGUUGGCACUAUCAACACUCCCCCACUGAUCCUUUAGAUGAACGGAUGGGCUGUGCUUUAUUAGGACAAAAAGAAGAAAGCCUCAGAAGAACCAUAUACUGGUAAGUGGUAACUGCUAGAAGGCUUCAAUUUCAGACCCUGUAGUUGACAGCCACACCGUCCAACUGAGCUUUUCCAGUUUCUUGAGUAGCUGUUUUUCAUUCUCGAGUGUACUUAGCAAUGUGAUUGCCUACUCAUUUGUCAUGUUUUCUUGCCUUCUGGAAAAGCUUGAAUGCAGAUCAUUGUCUUUGCAUUAAAAUCAAGCAGACUGACAUUACUUUUUUUCUUUUCUUUCUUUUAUUUUUUAUUUUUUAUUUUUUAAUAUUUAAAAUCAACUACGAGUAAAAGGGAAACAUAUAGAAGUCUUCUAUCA